CACACAUCUCGAUGCUCAAGGACAAGCUACAGAGCCGGAAGCAGAAAGCCGGGGGCGACGUGGCGACGCCCGGCAACGCGACCGUCGCCACGACGACGACGACGAAGCGACUCUCCGUGGAUACGGAGUCGCUGCUGCAGGAAGUGAGGACCCAGCUCAGGAAGCGCUGCUACACCGGAAAUAACGCGCUCUACAAGAACUUCCUGGAUGCCGACAAGGACAGGUCGGGUCACGUGGACAAGGAGGAAGUGAGAGGCAUGUGUCGCCGUGCCAACCUGCCCGUGGACGAGGAACUCCUGGAUCUGUUGAUCGCCGGCUGGCCCACAAACCUCGACGGAAAGAUCAACUUCACAGAGUUCCGCAAAUUCUUCACCGAGGACGAGGACGAGUGAUCUGGUUGUCACGGAAACAAGUGAUCGACAGCUGGUCGUCACGGAAACAAGUGAUCGACAGCUGGUCGUCACGGAAACAAGUGAUCGACAGCUGGUCGUCACGGAAACAAGUGCUGUCAGACUGCGACGGUGAUUCGAAUACGUACAAAAUGAACAGAUAAAAUGUUGAAACGUUGAGAAAAUGCACCCGAUCUUAAGGAAAUUUGUUAUAUAACCUGUAUUUGACAAAGGUGUCAUAGAUAUUACUCACUUUCACUAAUAUAUAUUACAAGUUUUGUUCAUGUGAAAAAUUAAAAAUGUCUUCGAAUUUGAAAAUCACGUGCAAGUGCAGCCGCCACCCACCCACCCAAUCUGAACCACACA